AUGAGCCACCUGCGCGCGGUGCCCGCGCCCAGCGACUGGGGCCAAGGCGGUCGGGACUUGGGCGCCCAGCCGCCGCUGGAAGAGAGCCUUCUGCUGGGCCCGGAGACGGCGGCCGCCCGGGGCAGCGCCUUCCCCUCCGCCUGGCUGGGCAUCUGCUGCCCGGCCCGCGUCUCCGCCUCGCCCCGCUACCUGCUCUCGGGGGCGGCCGAGGGGGACGACGAAGACGACGAGGAGGAAGAAGAAGAAGAUGAAGAGCCCUCGGAAGGCAGCGGGCCGGGGAAGCAGCGGCAGCAAGCGCCGGCGCGUCUCCACUCGGCGGCCGGCGGUAUCCCGUGCCCGGCGCAGGCGCAGCAGCGGCCCCGCGCGUCUUGCGCUGCAGCUGCUGCGGGCGGCGGGGGGCUGCCUCGGCCGGCCCCGCAGGUGAGCGGCGUGCAGAAGCAGAGGCGCCUGGCGGCCAACGCUCGCGAGCGGCGGCGGAUGCACGGGCUGAACCACGCCUUCGACCAGCUGCGCAACGUCAUCCCCUCCUUCAACAACGACAAGAAGCUCUCCAAGUACGAGACGCUGCAGAUGGCCCAGAUCUACAUCAGCGCCCUGGCCGAGCUGCUGCACAGCCCCGCGCCCGCCGACGGCGGCCCCCCCGGCGCCAACAAGGGCCCCCCCCUGCCCGCCGCCCCCACCUACCAGCGCCCGCUCUGCACCCCGCCGCCAGGGGGCGCCCCGCACCAGCAGCCCGCCGCCAGGACGCGCUUUGCCCCGGAGCCGCCGGCCGCGGGAGGAGGAGGAGGGGGCUACGCCGCUCAGCUGGACCCGCUCCGCUUCCCCUCCUUCGCCGCCGAGGGCGCCCUGCUGGGCCAGAAAGCCCCCUCGCCUGCCCACCUCCUGCAGCCCCCCGGCCAGCCGCAGCCGCCGCCUCACGAGCGGAGGAAACCCUCGCCGCCCGCCCACCGCAGCGACGGCGAGUUCUCGCCCCGCUCCCACUACAGUGACUCCGACGAAGCCAGCUAG